AUGGUUGCGACACAUUCGAGGUCCUACAAAGAUUUUACCAUUACAAAAUCCAACGAAAUGCAUCAAUUCGAUCUACUGUACAUGCCUCACGAUCGUUUUUAUGGCAUAACGUACAAGUACAUUCUGACAGGCGUUGACGUGGCCUCACGUUACAAAGUAGCGAGGCCUCUAAGAACAAAAAAAGCAUGCGAAGUCGCCGACAUGAUCAAAGAUAUUUACAAAGCCGGACCUUUACACUACCCCAAAACUUUCCAAUGUGACAAUGGUUCCGCGUUCAAAUCGAAUAUGACGAAGCUCCUAGAAGGCAAAGGUGUUGAAAUUAGGCGGGCCACCGCGAAAUAUCACCAUAUGUUCACGGCCUUCGUGGAAAGCUACAACAAGGUACUUGCCGAGAGGCUUUUCAAGCCUCAAGAUGCGCAGGAGUUGGUCUCUGGUGAGACUAGUAGCAUUUGA